CUUGAACAGGUUUCUGACAGACUCAAACUGAACACUCCUUUGUCAACAUUUUGAUGACACUCGCAAUGUGGAUUUCAUCUGAAAGUAACGAUCGAGCAGUGUCCUAUAUGUAUUGAUUUAGUUGCAGAAACAGCGCUUGGUUUGGGUUUAGGUUCGUUUCCUCAUCAUGCUUCAGUUAGGAGACGGGCUCACACUCUUCUCUGUGGUCUUCGUCGUGGUUCUGCUGGGAACCAGAAGCGCCGUCUGGUCCACGGUGCUCACGGCCUCCCUCUACCUGUUUCUGGUGAUGUUUCAGUUCCCGCAGGUGCCCUCCAGCCGGGCCAGACAGGUGCUGCGGCCCGGGACUAGAGCGUCGCCGAGCGGCGUGUCGGCAGUGGCGCACCGAGGCGGAGGACACGACGCUCCCGAGAACACCAUCGCUGCCAUACGGACGGCAAGUGAGAAUGGAGCCACGGGUGUAGAGCUGGACCUGGAGUUCACGGCGGAUGGGGUUCCCAUACUGAUGCACGACGACACUGUGGACCGGACCACCAACGGGUCGGGACCGCUGAACAAGCUGCUCUUCUCUGAACUGCGCAAACUAGAUGCAGCCGCCAAACACAGAUUCAGUGAGCGUUUCCGAGGUGAGAAGGUCCCGACGCUGCAGGAGGCUGUAGAGGAAUGCAUCAAGCACCAGUUGACCAUUUACUUCGAUGUCAAAGGUCACCCAGAUGAGGCUGCUGCAGCACUAAAAGAAUUAUUUAGGAAGUAUCCAGUGCUCUACAACACUAGUAUCGUCUGCUCAUUUGAGCCCAAAGUCAUCUAUAGGAUGCGGCAGGCGGAUCCCAAUGUGGUGACCGCACUGACCCAUCGGCCGUGGAGUCUGAGUCGUUUGGGCGACGGGACGCCGCGGUUCUCGUCCGCGUGGAAACAGCACUGGAUGUAUGUGUUGGACGUGCUCCUGGACUGGGCCCAUCAUCACGUCCUGUGGAAACUGUGCGGAGUCUCUGCCUUCCUGGUGCAGAAGAACUUCAUCUCGCCGGACUAUGUGCAAUACUGGGCGGCCCGAGGUGUGGAGGUGGUGAGCUGGACGGUGAACACGGCCGUGGAGCAGCAGUACCACCAGCAACUACUGAAGAUCAACUACAUCACCGACAGUCUCGUAGAAGACUGUGAUCCGCACUACUGAAACGCCACUUGUAAUCAUCAGGCCUUUUAUAAUUAACUAACCUCUGUGGUUCUUUCCUCAAAAUACUACGAUAUGUGUCUGUAUUGAAUUGCGUUGAUUUGGGCAGCAUGCUAUAGAGACUUACAUUUACAGGGUAACAAAGUUUCAUUGAGUGAAAUUUUUAAUAUGGGAGAUGUAAGUAUUAGUGCUCGAUUGUACUGUACACACCACUCAGGUGAGCCAAGUUAUGACUAUAUAGAUAUUAAUACAUCAUUAAUUUGCUACAGUUCCCUUUUUAAUGCCAUUAUUUAUCGAAGAAGGCUUUUAUUUGUGUGGAAACAGCAUUGUAAAAAAAUAGCUGAGUUUAAUGUAUGGCUUCGCUCUUAGUCAUGACAUUAGUUGUGUAUGCCUUGCUAUUUAGGUUUGUUCAUUGUUUGGUAUUAAUAGCUAAGGGACAGGUUACAUUUAAAACAACAUUCUUCCAUAUUGGGGUCAAUAAAUUUAUUAUAAGCAAUAACAAUGGUCUUAAAUCUGAGGUCAGUUCUCUGGCAGCUACCAAAUGUCAAUCUAAUGUUGCUAAUUCAGGAUAACUUGAAAGUGGCACGUUUCUCUGUUUUCUCUGGUGAUUAUAAUACAAAUAAAAUGAAUACAUUCUUAAUUAAGA